CUGUUUUUCUCUCUAUCAUAACUCUCUCUCUCUCUACAUCUCUCUUUCUCUCUCUACAUUUGGUCUUGUUUUAAUCUCAAUCAUCUGGCGUUUUCUUAGGGGUUGCAUUUUCUACGCGGACCCGAAACGCUUGCUCCCAGUUUCUCUCUCUUCCCCUCUCUUUCUCUCUCUAGAUUUUCCAUGUCUGUUUGACGAAGCCUCCCCGCCCUUUCUCAAUCUUCCAGCCAAUGGAAUUCUCUCACCCCUCCCCCACAACAUUGCCGAUGGGGAAGCUGAAGAGUUUUAGGUGGCUUUUGUUGGCUAAAGGCAGUCUUGAAUAAAAUACAAAAUAAAGAUAGCUAUGUGCACAAAGAAUGAGCAUAUGGUGCCCCUGGCAGUGCUGCUCAAGCGCGAGUUGACUAAUGAAAAGAUCGAGAGGCCGGAUAUUCUACAUGGUCAGGCUAGCCAGAGUAAGAAAGGGGAGGAUUUUACCCUGUUGAAAACCGAAUGCCAACGGAUAUUGGGGGAUGGGAUUACCACAUUCUCUGUUUUUGCGCUUUUUGAUGGCCACAAUGGGUCUGCUGCUGCCAUAUAUACAAAAGAAAAUCUCCUAAACAAUGUGCUAAGUGCUGUUCCUUCAGACCUUAGCAGAGAUGAGUGGCUAGCAGCUCUGCCACGGGCUUUGGUUGCAGGGUUUGUGAAAACAGACAAAGAUUUUCAAGAGAAAGCACAAUCUUCGGGGACAACUGUUACUUUUGUGAUAAUUGAUGGGUGGGUAGUAACUGUCGCAUCAGUAGGUGAUUCUCGGUGCUUCCUUGAAUCAGCUGAAGGUUCAAUAUAUUCUUUAUCUGCAGAUCAUAGACUGGAGGCUAAUGCAGAGGAGAGGGAACGAAUAACAGCUAGUGGAGGUGAGGUUGGUAGAAUGAACAUUGUUGGUGGCGCAGAGAUUGGCCCUUUGAGAUGUUGGCCAGGGGGCUUGUGUCUGUCAAGAUCUAUUGGUGAUAUGGACAUUGGGGAGUUUAUUGUUCCUGUACCUUACGUGAAGCAAGUGAAGAUGUCUAAUGCUGGAGGCCGGCUUGUUAUCGCAAGUGAUGGUGUUUGGGAUGCUUUGAGUCCUGAGAGAGUUUUGAGUUGUUGUCGUGGUUUGCCAGCUGAAAUUGCAGCCAAGCAAAUUGUCGAUGAAGCUUUAAAGGGAAAGGGACUUCGAGAUGAUACUACUUGUAUUGUUACUGAUUUAUUACCACCUGAGAAGAUACACCCUAUGCCUCCUCCAAAGAAGCUGGGGAAAGGGAAGUUCAAAGGUAUGUUCAGAAGAAAGUCCAGUGAAUCAUCAUCUCAUUCAGAUAAAGAAUAUUGUGAGGUAGAUUUGGUGGAGGAGAUAUAUGAGGAAGGGUCUGCAAUGCUAGCUGAAAGAUUAGAUUCACAGUAUCCCCUUCGCAGCAUGUUCAAGUUGUUUGCUUGUGCGGUUUGCCAAGUUGUGAUCAAACAGGGAGAAGGUAUCUCUCUACAUGCUGGAUCCUCACGCCAUGGAAGAACUCGACCUUGGGAUGGUCCCUUUCUUUGCAAAAGCUGCCAGAUGAAGAAGGAUGCCAUGGAAGGCAAGAGACCAUCUGCAGAUGGUGCAUCUAGACAUAGGUCGGGAAGUGAUGAUGCCUUGCCUUCGGCAGCCUCAUAGUGAUAUUUGUCGGUCUAUCAAUGGUUUUGAAGCUGAUAUUCCAGGCUUUCCAUGCUCUGUUGUUUCUACUUCUUCUGUAGAGAGACUAAUGUCUAUUUAAGCCUCAGUGCAAACCAUUGCAGGACUGUUGUCUUAAGCCUUUUGAUCAGCUCGAGCAUCUCCGGCACCUGUAUCAUCAACAGUUACAACAACACAGGAAUGCAUCUCCUCUCUGUAACCAGCAGCUUUUGAUCUGGAAUUAGAGCUUGAAGCCGCAUGAGUUCGUGAGGAAGGAAUGUAUCAAGGUUUUAUUUUUUCUUCUUCUCAAGAUUUUGUGGAAGUGUACAUGAGCUGGUUGAGUGUCCGAAAAUUCCUUCCUCUCAUCAAGGUACCCGACGUGUACCAGUGUACUUCAUAUUAUUUAUAUGAGCAGGUUUUGAUGUAUUCUGAUA